UCAGAAGACCACUUAGAUAUCCAAGGGCUUAGGGAAAUUUACCAUAUAUAAUAGGCUAUUUUCCCUUUGUAAACUAUUUAGAGUGAAACUAAUAGCAAAUGAAUGCGUGGGAGAAUUUAAAUUGAGAAUUUUUUUGGCCUUUUUCACUAUGUGUGACGGAUUUAAUCACGGUGCUCUUCAGAUAGCGGUGGCCCAGAUUUGCCAGUCCAUGGGCUGGGAUGCCCUACAGAAGUCAAGCCACGACCUGUUGACCGACGUGUUACAGAAAUAUCUAGAGGAGAUAGCCAAGUCAGCGCACGGAUACUCCCAGAUAUACUCAAGAACUGAGCCAAACUUAGAUGACCUAAACCUUGCCUUUCAAGAUAUCGGUGUUUACCUCGGGGAGCUAGAAGACUUUGUGACCCAGGUAGACCAAGUUCCAUUUAUUCACCAGUUGCCACAGUAUCCCAAGCCAAAACCUUGUGUCCUCCAUCAUCCACAUAAUGGAGAGAUUUCAGAGAGACUGGAGCAGUACUAUGACUACUUGCCUCCCUUGGUCUCAAAGCUUCUUCAAAUUGAAGAUGAAGAUAAAGCAACAACAGCAGAAGAUGCAGACACAGUUGAUGCAGGAGAAGAACCAACAAGUGCAGAAGGAUACGUGAGGAAGGAAAUCAAGACAGUAGCUGAAGAAACUUCUAGUGAACAUGUUGCUGUUAAGAGACCUCUUGACAUGCCCCCAGGGCUUGAAAAUGAAACAAAAAAGAGACGUGUGGAUCUACCUUUCAUACAGAAGGGAAACAGGGGAAAUGAGAUGGACAUUCUUGAAGCACUGCAAGGAAACUUAUCCUCCCCUUCGCCAACUCCAUCACCAGACAUUUGGAACUCGGCAAAAACAUUUGAGAUCCCUCCAGCAUCAAGUAUUUCUUCCAUAACUGCUACUCAUUCCGUAGAAAAAGUCACAACUUCUAAGGCCACUGUAAAACCAAAACAAGGGGAGAAAAAGGCAGCUGUUGGGAGCAAAGAAGCAGGAAAGGAACCAGGGGUAAAAGCUAAAUCAAGCCCAAAAAAGAAGCCCAAGCCUGCUAAAAACACAGCUAGUCCUGCAAAGAAACCUGCCACGUCAAAAACACCUCCAAAACCAAAAACAACAAAGGAUAAAUCACCAUCACCGAUGAAAUCACCUAUUCCAAAACCAAAGAGUUUGACUCCUGUGGAAACUGAAUCUAUAACAGAGAGCUCUUCAAAGAAAAUUAAAGCUACUCCAAAGAAAGAGAAAAAACCAGCAAACAAGCCCAAAAAACCUGUUACCAAGACAUCCUUGACACUGGCAGCUUCUGAGACAGCUAAAGAAAACAUUGAAGUUAAAGAAAGCAUGCCAAAAUUAAUUAUAAAACCCAUCAAGAAGGAAACUGAUGCUGAGCAUCAGUUUACUGUGUCUGAAUUCCUACCUCCUGAUAAUGCAGCAGUAAAAGAGAAAUCAGGAAAUAAGAAUUCAAAACCUAAGGCAGGUCCUACCAAAAAACCAAAAGUGAAAAAAGAAAAGGAUAAAAUCACUGAGCCCUCAGUCAAAAAGGAACCCAAAGAAUGGAGCACUCCCUCUACCAGUGAGGGACUCAAAUUUUCCAUGGCAGAUUUUGCAGCUGCAGCUGCAGAAAGAAAUUUGCCAGGAAAUGUUUUAAUAGACCCAGCACUGGAACACAAGAAGAAAAAGAAAAAAAGGAAAGAAAAGGAUAGGGAUAAAGAAAAGAAAAAGGAUAAAAGCAAAAAGCUGAAGACAGAACCUUCCCCAGAAUUGCCAUUUCCCUCACCCAUCCCUCGUAUCACUGUGAAAUUAGACACUCCAUCUAAUUCAGCAUCAUUAACAGCUACAGGGGCAAGCAAGAUAGAACCUUUACCAUGGGAUUUUGGAAAAGGAAGUUCAGAAAAACUCUUCUCUUCCACUGUAAGCAGUCAAGCCAUUGACAGAGCAGGUCCUUCAAAGGUCUCAAGCAAACAGGAAGCUGUUACAACUACAGCCUCAGCUACCACCACCGCUUCCCCUGCACCCAAGUUAACAAUUAAAAGUGAACAACUGGAAAGAACAGUUGUGUCACAGACACUGUCAACCACAUGUGUUCAUGGAUACUCUAGAGAGUACUUUUGUCCCGUGUGUGAUGAACCUGACGAUGGCACUUUCAUGAUUGGCUGUGAUGGAUGUGACGAAUGGUUUCAUGGCCGAUGCGUUGGAAUAAUAGAAGAUCCCGGAGACGUAGAUUGGUAUUGUUCCUCUUGUCUGGCCAAAAGGGAUAAAGAUAAUAAAGACAAACAGAAGAAGAAGAAAAAGAAGAAAAGUAAAGAAAAGGCAAAGUAGCUCGUCAGAAGUUGAGAUUCCUAGAUCUUUAAAUUUUGUCCAAAUGCAAAUGUAACUGUUUAACGUCAAUGCCGCGUCUGGAACUUAAUUUCUCUUAAGAUCACAAAUACAUAUUCUUCCAAUUCAGUGUUUUGAGUGCCUUUGUGUUGUAAAUAAAUGGAGUUUUAUCGAU